AUGGCUGAACUGACGCAGUUGGCCUACCGCACUUUGAAGGGCAUUGGUGUCCUGAACGCUGCCCCGGUCUACGACGACCUUCCGGGUCUCGACAAGCCCGAAGGCAACCUUCGUUGCUGCUGUUACUCUCCCGACGGCAAGUACUUUGCCUGGGCGUCACCCGAACAGGUCUCCGUCAUUGAUGCCUCGACCGGCCAAGUCGUCACCACGCUACCCGCCGAGAACGUCUUCGAGCUUGGAUUUUCACCUUUGGGCACCUACAUCAUCACCUGGCAGCGCGCCACAAAGGACGAGACCGGCAAUGCCGUCAAGAACUUGAAGGUCUGGAGGACCAUCGACGACGGUGCCGGAGCUGAGGGACAGAGGAGUGUUGUUGGCCAGUUUGUGCAGAAGAACCAGACCGGCUGGAACCUGCAAUACACUAGCGAUGAGCAGUUCUGCGCGCGUUGCGUCACCAAUGAGGUGCAAUUCUACCAGAGCGGCGACCUGGGAACUGUCUGGAAUAAGCUCAGGAUCGAGGGCGUCACCGACUUCGCCCUCUCCCCCGGCAAGAACCACUCGCUUGCUGUCUUUGUCCCCGAGCGCAAGGGUCAACCCGCCAGUGUCAAGGUCUUCCUUGUGCCGCAGUUCCAGUCGCCCGUCUCGCAGAAGACUUUCUUCAAGGGCGACAAGGUGCAGAUGAAGUGGAACAACCUUGGCACCAGUGUCAUCGUGCUUGCUCAGACCGACGUUGACAAGUCCAACAAGAGCUACUACGGCGAGACGAACAUGUACAUUCUAAGCGCCAACGGUGGAUUUGAUGCGCGUAUCACGCUUGACAAGGAGGGCCCCAUCCACGACGUGACUUGGUCGCCCAACUCGAAAGAGUUUGGUGUUGUGUAUGGAUACAUGCCGGCGAAGACCACCAUCUUCAACCAGCGCGCCGUUGCCACGCACAACUUCCCUCUUGGACCGCGUAACACCAUCCUCUUUUCUCCUCAUGGCCGCUUUGUUCUUGUUGCCGGCUUUGGAAACUUGGCCGGUCAGAUGGACAUCUAUGACCUGGAGAAGGAUUACAACAAGGUGUGCACCAUCGAAGCCGCCAACUCUUCGAUCUGCGAGUGGAGUCCGGAUGGAAAGCAUAUCAUGACCGCCACCACCAGCCCGCGCCUCCGUGUGGACAACGGUAUCAGGGUCUACCACGUUACCGGUGGCCUUCAGUACUUCACCGAGUUCAACGAGCUGUACCACGUCACCUGGCGUCCCCAGUCAACCGCCCAGUACCCGUUGGACAACCCGCUUGGCUCUGCUCCCACCCCUCACGAGUCUGCCGCAAAGUUCCUCGCUACCGUCAAGGCCCCCACCAAGCCUGCUGGUGCGUACAGGCCUCCAGGUGCUCGUGGCACCAGCACGCCUCUUCACUUCAAGCGUGAGGAUGAGGGCGGUGCUGCGUACAUCAACACAGGCAUCUCUUCUACUAGUGGCAACAUGAAUGGACCUACCUUUGGCCGUUCCCGCCGUGCCGUUCCGGGCGCCGAGGAGCAUGUCCCGCCCGGUGCUGCUCCUGGUGGAGGCGUCAGCCUUGCGGGCACCGGUGAAGGUGCUGAUGAAGGCCUUUCUAAGGCUGCUUUGAAGAACAAGAAGAAGCGUGAGGCUAAGAAGGCCAAAGAGGCUGCUGAGAGGGCAGCUGGCCUGAACGCUGGACAGCAGCAGGCUAAUGGAACCAGCCCUGAUCGUAAGGGCCGCAGCCACUCACGCAACCGUUCCCGCAACGGCCCUGAUGGCCGUGCUACUUCCCAAAACCGCCGCGGUAACAACCAGCAGAACCGCAACGGUCAGGCUCCUGGACAGAAUGGUCAGCGCAACCCUGGUCAGAUCCAGACCCAGCAGCCCGUGCAGCCGGCUCCUCCGGUUGAUGCUCCGGAGCUCACCGUCACCUCUCCCGUCGGCACCUCUCCUCAGGACAAGAAGAUCCGCUCGCUGAUGAAAAAGCUCCGCGCCAUCGACGACCUGAAGAUGCGCCAGGCGAACGGUGAGAAGUUGGAGGAUACGCAGAUCAAGAAGAUCAACACUGAAGGCUCGAUCAAGAAGGAGUUGGACGGACUCGGAUUCCAAGAGUAA